AUGGCGCCAGCCUCCAAGUCUAGAACUGUCAUUCUCACAGUGGCUGUGGCAGCCAUUACAGCGACAGGAGCGUGGUAUGGCGCGAGUCUCAAGAUUGGCCAGGAUGUCAAGAAAGGCCAGCAAGCCGCGGCGAAAUUCACGCCGACCCAGAACAUCCAACAUCUCGAAGCGAUCCGCGUGAAACUAGUCCGACAACGGGACGACCUCGAGCGCAAAAUCCACGCGCUCGAGGUGAAACACGCCGCCAAAAAUGCCUGUGCGGGAGGCCAGUCGCCGACGAACACUCCGUGA